AUAAUGAUCUCUUGUUGUGGUUGCUACGGUGAGGGGAGGAGGUAUUGUGGAGAGGGGAGGAGGAGGAGGAAUGAAAUGAAAGAUGCUGAAGAUCGCGAAGAGGAGUGAAUCAUUGUAUUCCAAGCAGGUAUAUCGGAAAAGACCACGUGGCGAAUUUAAAGAAAGAAUUUGUGACAUUUAAAAUUCGUGAAAGUCAAAAUGAUGCAGUGGAACACUAUACUGUUUCUUAUUCUGGCAACGGUCCCUUCAGCUUUUUCUAGGCACCUUGAUUACGGAAAGACAAAGGACCAGUCAAGAAAACGAGGAGAAAAUAGAGAUGAUGAUCAUAACUGGUUUCUAUCAAAAUCUCACCUUCGUCUUCACCAAAGACCACCGCCAGUUGUUCGAGUAAAAGAAGGCGAUAGUGAGUUUUUGGAAUGUCAGGCUGGUGGAAAUCCUCCUCCCCGGAUAUACUGGCUGAAGGGUGGAGAAAUGAUGUCAAAGAUUAAUUUGCAAGACGAAUUGGACAUAAAAGCUUUCGAAGACAGCGAAGUGAGUGGCAAUAAACUUCAAAUUUCGUCCACAACUUCAAGACUUUACUUGGACUGUCUGUCCAUGGAUGAUGAGGGAGAUUAUACUUGCGUUGCUGAAACUGCAAAACUCAGAGAGAGUACUUCUACGAGGAUAUCUGUAUCAUCAUCGGAUGAGAGAAAAUGUCAUGACAAGUCCAUAUUUGGACGUGCUCCUCGCAUUCAUCAGUGGACGAAAACAAUGCUUGAGAAUCAAGGUGAGAGCACUAAAAUAAUGUGCAGAGCUGAUGGAGUUCCAAUGCCUUCCAUAAAAUGGUACGAUCCUAAAGAAAGAGAAAUAGAUGCAGAUGAAUCUGGCAGAUAUGAGGUUUUACCUAGUGGAGAUUUAAUCAUCAGGAAUCUAAAAUGGAGUGACAUGGGAAAUUAUGUUUGCGUGGCAGAGAAUGCUCAUGGCGUAGCACAAGUUGAAGCAUUUGUAUAUCCGGCCAAU